UACGUUUCUGCAUGUGCGUGUGUGUACGUGUGUACGUUUCUGCAUGUGCGUGUUUUACGUGAUUUUCUAGAUCUUUUGGGGGACAAUGAUUGCCAGUAGAGUAGUUCAGCCAUAGUUUACCACGUUUCCCGAAUUACCUCACGUGACUCACGUGACCCGACAUGGCGAAUCUGAUUGGCUAAUGCCUCUGAAAAAUCGCAAUAAAAGGCGACCCAGAGGGGAAGGUAAUCACUUGGAUGGAAGAAUUUGCCUUCGACAAUGUCAAGACAACUCUCUGUACGCCGCGGCCGCAAGCCAAGGAUUUCCCCUGCUGUUCGGGAUCUCUCGUUCAGCGACGUUGAUGACCCCCAGCCAUCGACGUCGGGAAUCCAACGCUUGCGGAAUGCCCCAGAUCCUCUUCUAUACCUGUAUUCUACAGACGAAGAGGAUUAUACACCUCCUCUGAAAUUGCCUAGGACUAGCGAUCUCUCUGAAGUUGAAAUCUCCACUCGAUUUGACGGUGACGACUCGGAUUGGGAGGGAUCCGAGUUCGAUACCGAAGAGUCGGGUGUGGACGACGACUCAGAUGAAGAUUUUGACUAUGUCCCGCUGGUGGAUACCUCUUUGGACUCCGACGAGCCCCUCACAGAAUACGUCAGACGACAUUGGGAGCGUAAUGCUCCGGGAAACUCCCUCUUUUUGUGGUCGAAGAGGGAGAAUUUCGUCAGGCGUCACUGCUUCGAGGGGACACCGGGUGUGAAAGCACCCCUUGAUGGACUCGUCGAGCCCAUUAGAAGUGUUCACCAGUGUGUUCCCAGAGGAGUUGUUUCAGGAACCAUUCGUGGACGAGACGAAUCGGUAUGUUCGACAGAACCCGCGCACCCCUUCAUCCCAUAUGAAGGGUGGGAGGACACAACGGUGCGGGAAGUCGCUCCUAUGUCGGCUUACGAUUCCUGA